UUUCAUGUGAGAGCCCAAGAGAUGGUGGUGUGUUGACAGCUGCAGCCGCAGGGCUGCGUGAAGGGUUCAUUCCUGUCCAGCCAUGGAGAGACCUUUCACAGUGCUACAAGUGAGCCUGCACCACCCCACGCAGGAUCUGGCUACCUGUGCCCACAUCCCACCCAGGCUGCAGCAUGACACCAGCCCCUUGCUGGUGGGACGUGGACAGGACACCCACCUUCGGCUCCCCAUGCCGUGCCUCUCUCGCCAACACCUGUCGCUAGAGCCCUACAGGGAGAUGGGCAGUACUGAGCUGACCUUCUGCAUCAAGAUCCUGAGCCGCAAGGGCCGGGUGUGGGUCAACGGGCUGACACUGAGGUUCCUGGAGCAGGUCCCCUUGAGCACCGUCAACAAGGUCAUCUUUUGCGAGGUCCAGAUGGUGAUCCGCAUAGAGAAGGGUGCCUCCCUGGAAGCCUUCAUCUGCUACUUCCAGCUCAGCCCCUCGCCCCUGAUUUAUUUCCCCCAGGCUGUGGAGACAGAUGAAUCAGAAAGCAGCCCCCAGGCGCAGCAUCCCUUGGGAUCAGACCACAGGGCUCUGGAGGACUCUGACUUACCACGCAGCCCUCUGCAACCCAGACCUGGAAGAAGACCAGAAAUACAGCUCCAGAGGGAGCUCCCAGACCAUGAACUGGGCCAGAGAAUGAGCCUUUGCUAA